CCCCGGCUCUUUCCCCUGCCUGGACCCUUCCCCAGCGCUGCUGGCGUCAUCCCAUUGCAAUCCUGCCUGCUCGCUGGCGUGGGGCCACCGCCUGCCUUUCCCAGUGCUCCCCUCUGGAGGUUUCAGCCUGUGCCUGACCUGGGGCCAGACGGGACAGUCUACGUAGAGGGAUGGUCCCAAGACCACCUUUGCAGCUGCCAUUGCCUGUCUGGGUGAAAACAGCGCCUUUCCACAGAUGGAGGCUGUGGCACCAGUGGGACAGGGCACCCAAGGGUGUUUGUUGGGAACUGUCCGGGAGGGUGACAGUGACGUGUCACCAUCUGUCCUCCCCCCAGGCCCUGUGCCGGCAGCCGGUGCCCAGCGCAUUAACUGUCCCGGCACAGGGAAGUACCGGCCUCAUCUUACAAAGGGGGAGAGCAAAGCCCAGGGGGGCUGAACGAUGUCCUGCUGCCGGGAAUAGCUGCUGUCUCUGCCCUCCGGCCCCUCGUGAGGCCAGGCAGGCUGCCUGUGUGCGGCGGGGGAGGCCAGGCAGCCACUGGAACCCUGGCAGGGCUGCUGGGGAUGCUCCGCACCUGAGGUCAUCCUCCAAAGUGGCGUGGAGGGGCCACGGCUCCUGGCAUCACGUGCUAUCUGCCGCUGGCUGAGAGGUUUGGGGGGCCCCAUCGCCUCCCUUCGUGGUGGGCAGCAACACAACCCCCCCCACCACCCAGGUGUCAGGGAGCCACGGGUGAUGCUAGCGGGUGUUGCAGCAUCUGAUCGCACGGGGAUGGGGUGAUGGGAGCUGUGGAGAGCAUCCCGGCCACCCAGGGUGCAUGGCACAGGACCCAUGGGCUGACCCCAUACUGCGUCCCCACUCCAUCAGGCCUCUCUGGACUGGCUGCUGUGGGCAUUCCAGCUCCCCGUGCCGAACACAGGGGUACUGGGCAAGCCUGGGGGGGAGCCAUGGGUCUCUUUAAGAGGGUGCAGGGCCGUGGAGAUGAGCCAGGGCCACCAGAAAGCAGGAGGGUGAGCUCAUGGCAAAGCUGCCCCAGUCAUGUGGAGCAGCCACAGCUGUUGGUGCCCUUGGGCUGCCGGACAGAGGGGCCGGCAGCAUAAAGCCCCACGGCCAGCGGAGCCGUCGGCAGCGCCGGGAGCCAGGGCUGGGUGCUCCCUGACAGUGGUGGUGGGGAGGAGAGGCUGCAUCCUGCACGGGGCUGUGCACCGCGGGGCAGACAUGGAGCUGGAUGUACAACGGGCCAAGGAGCUCAUCGAGCAGAAGCUGGCAGAGGAGGAGGAAGAGGAGAAGCGACUGAAAGGGGAUGGCGCACGGGAGCCGCUGGCCGUGGAGCGGAUGAGCACGCCUGAGCUGGAGGAGGAGAAACACCGUGGUCCCAGGAAUCGGGGUCUUGAGGCUGUCAAGGGCCAGGAGCGGGUGCGGAAGAGCUCGGUGGACCUGCGGCGGGAGAUCAUUGAUGUGGGGAGCAUCCAGCGCCUAAUUGAGCUCCGCAAGCAGCGCCGGCAGCGCCGGGAGGAACGGGCGGCCACCCCCGAGCCCCCCGCACCACCUGAGCCUCUGGAGAUUGAGGGUCCUGUGGAGCCAGAGACUUUCCUGCGAGCCGCCGUCCAGGGCAAGAUGCACAUCAUCGAGAAGUUUCUGGCAGAUGGUGGCCCCCCCGACACAUGUGAUGAGUUCCACCGCACGGCCCUGCACCGCUCCUCGCUGGAGGGACACGUGGACAUCCUGCAGAAGCUGCUGGACAGUGGGGCCACCGUCGACUUCAGGGACCGGCUGGACUGCACCGCCGUGCACUGGGCCUGCCGGGGAGGGCACCUGGAUGCUGUCAAGCUGCUGCAGGACCGUGGAGCAGACCUCAACCUGAAGGACAAGCUGCUCAGCACCCCCCUCCAUGUGGCAACCCGGACCGGGCACCCUGACAUCGUGGAGCACCUCAUCCACUGUGGGGUGGACAUCAACUCCCCAGACAGGGAAGGCGACACGGCGCUGCAUGACGCCACACGGCUCAGCCGCUAUAAGAUCAUCAAAAUGUUGAUCCUGCAUGGGGCCGACAUGAUGGCCAAGAACCAGGCUGGCAAGACCCCGACGGACCUGGUGCAGCAGUGGCAGGUGGACACGCGCCAGGCACUGGAGACCAAGGAGCAGCCGCAGAGGGAGAUGGAGGUCCCUGCAUGAUGGUGCCAGGUGGGGACCAGGGACUGGACUCGGCUCCAAGGAGUGGGAUCCAGCCGAGACUUUUCCAUGUCAA